AUGGCCUCUGCUGAUCGCCUCGAGGACCUGGCGCAGAUUGUGCUCAAUAACCUCGAGAACCAGCAGGACUGGACCCGGCUGCAGAUUCACCAUGGGCCGUCCCACCCGCGGCCCCUGAUCUCGGGGCUCUCCCCCCGCCGCCUCUACACCCACCCUGAUGAGCAGAUUGAGAUCCUGAAAGCCGAGAGGCAUCUCGGCGGCGCGCGGCUCCCUCAGCCUCCCGAGUUCGAAUGGGUUCUCCCCGUGCAUCUCGUCGAGAAACCUACAAUUGGACAGUUCGCUGCAGUAUUCGACUCGAUCGACGCAUUGCCUCCUGACGCCCUGUCUGAAGAUGACACAGCGGCAGAAGGAGGAGACGAUGCGGCGGCAAGGUGGAAACAGUGGCGAGGCUCAAAGCGCCAGAAGAGGAUAGUCCUUGCUGUCGUUCAGGACGACUCUACCGUCUCUUAUUAUGUGAUGCACGAUGGCAUAGUGAAGCCGAGGCAGAACUGA